CUGGGCUUCCUAACAUCUCCCGGGGCCCCUGGUUCCUGGAUCCACAGGCCCCUGCUGCUGCUGCCGCUGCUGGUCCUGCCCUCGGCCCCCUGCUUUCCAGCUCGGACCCCAGGGCCUUCGGAGCCCGAGGCCCCGCUGGUGGCUAGGUCUAGACUCAGGGUCCUUCCGCAGACUGAGAGCCGCCGCAGCACCUCGGAGGCGGCCUCCACCGGCACGGCGGGGCGCUGCUCCAGCAGCAUCUCCAGCAGUGAGCUCAUCUCCGACAGGAAGGUGCUGGCCAGCCGCGUGCCCGUCGGGCUCAGCUCGGGCCCCGGCGCCUUGCCGAACGUCUGGAAGGUCCUGGGCUCCUCCGAGGUCGCAGCGUCCGGGGAGAACACGUUGUCACGCUCCUCAGAAAAUUAAAUGUCGUCAGAAGACCGAGAAGCUCAGGAGGAUGAAUUGCUGGCCCUGGCGAGUAUUUAUGAUGGAGAUGAAUUUAGAAAAGCAGAGUCUGUCCAAGGUGGAGAAACCAGGAUCUAUUUGGACUUACCACAAAAUUUCAAGAUAUUUGUGAGCGGCAAUUCAAAUGAGUGUCUCCAGAAUAGUGGCUUUGAAUACGCCAUUUGCUUUCUGCCUCCACUUGUGCUGAACUUUGAACUGCCACCAGAUUAUCCAUCCUCCGCCCCACCUUCAUUCACACUUAGUGGCAAAUGGCUGUCACCAACUCAGCUGUCUGCUCUGUGCAAGCACUUAGACAACCUGUGGGAAGAACACCGCGGCAGCGUGGUCCUGUUUGCCUGGAUGCAGUUUCUUAAAGAAGAGACAUUAGCGUACCUGAAUAUUGUCUCUCCUUUUGAACUCAAGAUGGGUUCUCAGAAAAAAGUUCAGAGGAGGAUGGCUCAAGCGUCUUCCAACACAGAGCUAGAUUUUGGAGGAGCUGCUGGAUCUGAUGUAGACCAAGAGGAAGUUGUGGACGAGAGAGCCGUGCAGGAUGUGGAAUCGUUGUCCAGUCUGAUCCAGGAAAUCUUGGACUUCGAUCAGGCUCAACAGAUAAAAUGCUUUAAUAGUAAAUUGUUCCUGUGCAAUAUCUGCUUCUGUGAGAAGCUGGGUAGUGAGUGCAUGUACUUCUUGGAGUGCAGGCAUGUGUACUGCAAAGCCUGUCUCAAGGACUACUUUGAAAUCCAGAUCAGAGAUGGCCAAGUUCAAUGCCUCAACUGCCCAGAACCCAAGUGCCCUUCAGUGGCCACUCCUGGUCAGGUCAAAGAGCUAGUGGAAGCAGAGUUAUUUGCCCGUUAUGACCGCCUUCUCCUCCAGUCUACCUUGGACCUGAUGGCAGAUGUGGUGUACUGCCCCCGCCCAUCCUGCCAGCUGCCUGUGAUGCAGGAGCCUGGCUGCACAAUGGGCAUCUGUUCCAGCUGCAAUUUUGCCUUCUGUACUUUAUGCAGAUUGACCUACCAUGGGGUUUCUCCAUGUAAGGUGACUGCAGAGAAAUUAAUGGACUUACGAAAUGAGUACCUGCAAGCAGAUGAGGCCAAUAAAAGAUUUUUGGAACAGAGGUAUGGUAAGAGGGUGAUUCAGAAGGCACUGGAAGAGAUGGAAAGUAAGGAGUGGCUAGAAAAGAACUCAAAGAGCUGCCCAUGUUGUGGGACUCCCAUCGAGAAAUUAGAUGGAUGUAACAAGAUGACAUGUACCGGCUGUAUGCAAUAUUUCUGCUGGAUUUGCAUGGGUUCUCUCUCCAGAGCAAACCCUUAUAAACAUUUCACUGAUACUGCUUCCCCAUGUUUUAACCGGUUGUUCCAUGCUGUGGAUGUUAAUGGAGAUAUUUGGGAAGAUGAGGUUGAAGACUAGUUAACUUCUGCUGCUCAAGAUAUGGAAGUGGAGUGGUUUGCCCUAAUCUUUUGUCAAGUAUACAGAGUAACUUUGCAGGAUAUUUAGGGUACCAUUGAUUCCCUCUUCCUACGUAGAAGAUGUGGGAGAACAAGGUUGAUAUUUUCAUGUGGUACUACUGAUUAAGGCACAUUCAGACAUUUUUCAUUGCAACAUGACUGAGGAAAUAUUAAGCCAAAGGUUCCGAAAAUGAAAACUAGAAAAUAUUAGUAUUACAAUGUGCCCAAAGCUUUGAGUAGUUAAAAAUUAAAUAUUUAUUUUCUUCUCCAAGCUUUAGGUAAGGAGAGAGGGGUCAAGAGUUAAACUUAUAGUCCUUUUUAUCUCUUGAGAAGCAUCCCUCUAAGACAUUCUGUGGGAGCUCCCUCAGUAGUACUGCUUACAGCUGAGGUGGGUAGAAGCCUUAUUAAAAUUGUACCGAGAGCCUGAUGUUAUUUACUCCAUGUUACAUUAUUUCCAACCUGAAUUUCUGCUAAAUUAAUUUUCUUUGGAGGAAGUCCUUUACUCUAUAACUGAUUGGAUGGCCCAGUGUCAUUUUGAUCUGAUUUUCAGGAUAGAAAUUUAUAGAUAAUUUUUAAAAUAUUUUUUUAUACCACAAACACUGUGGGUCACCUGCUAUAUUUAUUAGUGGUCUAUAGUCCACUGUUUUUGAGCCAAGUCUAGAAUUUCUGCUAAAUUAAUUUUCUUUGGAGGAAGCCCUUUACUCUAACUGAUUGGAUGGCCCAGUGUCAUUUUGAUCUGAUUUUCAGAAUAGCAAUUUAUAGAUAAUUUUAAAAAUAUUUUUUGAUACCACAAACACUGUGGGUCACCUGCUAUAUUUAUUAGUGGUCUAUAGUACACUGGUUUUGAGCCAAGUCUAGAAUUUAUUGAUACUGGCUCAGAAGAAUUUCAGCCCUAUUCAACUUUCCUGUUCCUUCUAGGCAGUAGAGCCUAGAUUCAGAACGACUUGUCUUCUGUUCUGCAUUCUUUCUGUUGACUCUUGCCCUGCUUUUCAUUGGUAAGGACAAUUUUAAUAUUAGCUCCAGCAGCUCAUAUUUCUAUUUCCUCUGCUGGGAUAGGAGAAAGCCUAAUAUGUUCCCAAGCCGAACAAGCUGAACUUUAAUUAUCUGCGUUUUGAACACUGCACCACCAUAGUUCCAGUCCUAACUUUCUGAAUUCUUUUUAAAGGGCUUCUCUAAUGAACUAUGGAAAUUUGUCUUCCUAUCCUUUUUUUUUUUUUGCAACAGCACUGUUUCAGGGGAUAAUUUUGGCUUGAUACCUAGAUCCUUGUUUCUGGGUUUUGCUGGCUUUUUGAAAAAUUGUCUUUUCUUGUGGUUUGGUGAGUGGCUUGGUAGCAAAAUAAGAUUUUUGGAAAAAAAGGACAGAGGAAUUCAGCUGCAGCUGUGAACAUGUUCUUUUUUCAUGCCUUGUCAUUGAAAAUUGGGGAAUCACUUUUAACCAUUUUAAGUGUGUGUAUCCAAAGAGCACGGACUGUUUCUGGAUUGUC